AUGAAUGACUCAUUCGAAAUGAUCAAGUUAUGUGGAAGUGACCACGUAAGCAGCCACUUAAUAAAAAUUGGUUCCUUCAACAUUUUAUGUGAUAUGCCGCUAAAUCAUGAGGAAAUACUAAAUUUAAAAAAAAAAGAUAUAACGCGUAACAAUAGUGAUAGGGAAAAAGAAUUGGAUGAACAGUAUAUAAGUAUAACUAAUAUGGAAGUACACUCAUCAUCAAACAAAUUAUUACUAAGUAUAAGUAAUAUACCCAUAAAGAUUCAUAUAAUUUUAAUUUCUUGUAUUGAAUGUUUUAUGGGUUUACCAAUAUUUUGUAAAUAUUUUGAUAUAUCGGAUACACAUAUAAUAUGUACGAAACCUAUUUUUACCUUUUCUAUGUGUGCAGUAGAAAAUUUGCAGACAAAGGAAAAUUAUUUACCUGAAUGGAAUGAAGAAAUAAAUGAAACAAAUUUUAAUGAAAACAUUUUUAAUAGUAGUGAUGAUUAUUUUGACUUAAAGUUAAGUUUCAAAAAUUCUCUUCAUUUAUUAUCAUAUAAAGAAAAAAUAAGCUUCAAGCAAAAUGAUGAAAUUGUUCAUAUUACUUUAUAUAGUAGUGGUUAUUCCCUAGGUAGCUGUAACUUUUUUAUAGCAACAGAUUUUUUGAAUAUUCUUGUUAUAAAUAAGAGUACAUAUAAUAUAAAAAGACAUCCCUCACCAUUUGACUCCAGCUGUUUGUCAAAAGCUGAUUUUGUUUUGUUUACAUCAUACUAUUCCUCUAACCAUUUUUACAAUUUUUCGCUAAAUCAAAAAGAAGAAGAACAUAUAGCUAGGGGGAAUAAACCACCUAAUAGCUAUAACGAUAAAUUAUUAGUGGAUAAAGCUGACUCAAAAAGAGCUACAUGUAGUGGUACUAUUUCGUCUUCUCUAAAUGGUAAUACCCCCGAACAAAAAGAAAUAAAAGAAAAGAUUAAAAAAAAAGUAAAUGUAUGUAUAGAAAGAACAUAUAAAGAUAGCUUAAAUAAAAUAUGCUCCAUCGUUCUAAGAACAAUAAAAAGUAAAGGAUGUGUUAUAAUUCCGGUUGAUUUACAUUUUUUAUACUUCCUCGAAUUAGUAGAAUUGAUAGGAGUAAUUAUUAGUAAAUAUUUAACAAAAGAAGAGCAAGUAUUAAUUUUUGGUAUCAUAUCAAAUAUUAGCAAUGUAAUACAUCAAGCAGAUUUAUGUGCUGAAUGGGUAGAAGAAUCAAGGAAAAAAAAAUGCAGUAAAUCGUCUAACCCUCAGGGACCUUUCUCUAUCGAUACUAUGAUAAAAAAUAAUCGAUUAAUUAUAGGAAAUGAUACAAAUGAUAUUUGUAAAUAUUUUAGAUAUCCUUGUGUUUGUUUUAUUCAAGAUUCCACUUUACGAUUUUUUGAAUCAUCUGUAUUAUUAGAAAAGUGGGCAAAGGAUUCAAAUAAUUCUAUUAUACUCGUUGACCCAUAUUAUGACCCUAUAUCAGUUUUAUACCCUUUUCAUAUUUAUCAUAAAAAUAUAAAUGCUUAUUAUUGCCCCCUUCUAUGGGAUAUAAAUGAACGUAACAUACUUGACAUUAUAAAUGCAAACACAAAUAAAAAAUGCGUAUAUGUUUUACCGCACACUUUAAGAAGUAUGUUUAAAAAAGAUCAGUCGAACUGGGAAAUUUACCCUCAAAAUGUACAUGAGUACUGUGGUCCCAAUAAAAACGACACACCAGAAGGGGUUAACACCGUUAUUCCAAAUAACCCUGAUGAUUAUGAUGAUAAAAGGAAUAUUAAUGCAACUCAGAACAGUCGUACAUAUUCCUACACCUCACAUGGCAUAACAAAUAAUGUAAUAUAUUUAUAUCCAUUAAAAAAAAGAGAAAUUGUUUUCAACAGUUUUUUACAUUUCCAUAAAAAAAUGCAUCCUAUCCGGUUUACCGUUGACGGUACACAAAAAUUAGAAAAAGUACUACGAAAAAUUGACGACUUUUAUUGUGCCAAUGUUAAAUGUACCUAUUUAAGAAACUUUUUCGGGGAUAUUAUAAAAGAAGAUAACAUUGAAGAAUUAAUAGAUGAAGAUAAAGAUGAUCAAAAAGGAAAAGAGGACGUGGGGAAGAAAACCAUAAUAAAUGAAAUACUUACCAACGAACGGAAGAUAGGCUUAAUGUUUGGAUCUAUAAAUGAACAAGAAAUAUUAAACAAUUUAGUACAAUAUGGUUAUAGUAAAAAUGAUUUAACAAUAAACUAUUCACAAAAUAUCAAAUUAGAUGUUGAUCAGACUAAGUAUUUAUGGUGCAUUGGGAUUAACUCAAUUAAUUCUAAGAUAAUAGGUUACACAAAAUAUGACAUUGAAGUUUUUAGCAGUAACACAAAACUAAGACAACAAAUUACGGAGAUACUGCAUAAAUUAAGCAAAAGUUUUUAA